UACAUUCGCGAAUCGUGUUUGUGGCCGAAAAAGUGAAUUUUUCGCGAAAACAAAUUGAAUUUGCAUGCAUAGUAAAGGCAUUAACGCCACUAACAAUUAAAUACACAUUAUUAACGCGUCCAAAGCACGCGCUUUAGCGUUUCCCCUGUGCGUUCUAACUUUUUCCACACCAGUGUCUCGGUGCACGCGUGUGUGUGUGUAUUUUGUGCGUGACGCGCUGCUACCGCCAACCAAAAUUAAAACAUAAAAAUGGAUUUGGCGAAGCUGGAAAAGAUGAAGGUAGUUGACCUGCGUAACGAACUGCAAGCGCGUGGUCUAGACACCAAAGGUGUAAAAGCCGUUCUCGUAGAGCGUUUGCGAGCUCAUGUCGAAGGUUCUGGUGCCGGCGGCGGCGAUGGAGACGGUACGCCAGUCACACCGAGCAGACGGCAACGUCGAACACGUUCAAUGUCACGAUCACCUUCGCCGGUUGCAGCUGCGCCUGUUGCCACUGAACCUGAGCUCGAAACAUUGGCGGAGGAAGAGCAGCCAACAGAGAUCGUGGAUGAUUCCGAGGCGGAAGAAGCUGUGGAAACGCAUGCUGAGGCCGAUGACUAUGAGAAUGAACAGGAAGCAGUGAAAGCGAGCGAAACUGAUCAGGCAGCUGAAGCUGGGCCACAAUCAGAACAUGAGCAGGAUAAUGAUGAGGACAUAAGAUUCCAACACAACACAGCAGGCGAGCAAAAUGUUCAUACUGAGUCCCAUGAAUCUUCUGAAGAUGCUGAGACGGGCGAACCAUACAAAGAAUCUGGGGAACAGGAUCAACGGGCAACCGAAGUUACCGUGGAAAAUGGUCAGAAGAUGGAUGUGGAUCAAGAAGAUAAUUUUGAGAAGGGGAUCGACCAGGAUGGCGAUACUGCCGCGACUUCCACUCAUGACCAGGAGCAGGAGAAAGAUAAAACAGAUAAGACGGACAAGCCGCACGAUGACUCCCGAAGCACCAGUGAGCGGCGCAAGCGAUCGCAUAGUCACACACGCUCCCGCACUGGAUCGCGCUCGCCAAAACGUCGGAGUGGCGAUAAGCGCGACUCCAAGGUGGUUGAAGAGCGAUCUGUACCAGAGGACGAGCCCAUAAUCGCAGAUAAGCAAGUCGGACUAAGUUGGCUUGAUUCCGAUUUGCAUUUACGGAUCGAUGCCAAUAACUAUACGUCGGCCAAACCCUUGAAUGCGGAAAUAUAUUCGCUGAUCUGGUCCGGGGCUCGCGCCAAUUACGGUGUCCGCGAAGGCAAAGUGUGUUACGAAGUGCGCCUAUCGGAAGAGUCGCAGCCGGAGAAUUCCCAUCAUUUUCGCGAUGAGCCACAUGUUCGCGGCUUUCGCGUUGGUUUCUCCACGCCAAAGUCCUCACUGCUGUUGGGCGAGGCAGAACAUUCCUAUGGCUAUUGUGAGAGUGGCCGGAAGGCCAGUAAUAGCGAGUUUACGGAAUACGGCAAACCAUAUCAAUUGGACGAUGUGAUUGGCUGUUAUUUGGACUUGGAUAGCACACCUUGUCACAUAAAGUAUACGCUGAAUGGCGAAGAUCUUGGUGUAGCAUUCGAGUUUGACAAAAGUGUGUUAGGUGAGGAGGAUGCACUUUUUCCACAUAUUGUUACCAAAGGAUAUGAGUACAUCGUUAAUUUUGCGGAUGGAGAAAAUUUGCUGGUCAAUGCAGAACGACCAACGCGUAAGCGUCGCAAGCCACGCAAAGAGUCUGUGAAAGAAGACGAUGAAGGUGAAAAGUGGAAGGUGCUAGAUGAGGCCACUGCCGACGAUGAUGAGCUUGAAAAGAAGGACGAGAAGGAAGAAAAACCGGAAACGGAGCAAGGCGAUGCUGAAACAGUAGAAGAGGCGUCAGAGUCCGUCGUUGCUGAGAACACUGAACAAUCGGAGAAGCAACAAGCAGAAUCCCCAACAGCCAUGGAUACCGGGGAACCUGACCAAAACCAGAAUGCAACAAAUGCCGAAGAUGAAGUGAAAGCAGCCGAUGAACCUAUUGGCGUAAUCAAUGGCGACAGCGAGAAGCGAACGGAUGAGUCUGCUGCAAGCGAGCCAUCGGCAGCUGAACAAACCGAAAAAUCAGUCGAACAGGCUGAUGACGAUGAAGAGGACGGUCCAUCGCCCAACAAGCGAUCCAAAACUGAUGAAUCUGAGAAAGAAGCUGCGUCAUCUGUUGCAGCUGAAGAUGAAUACGAGGACGUGGUACCCUUGCCUCGUGAGACCGCUGCCCUUUUGCCAGGCUAUGUGCUGAUCGCACUCGUACCCGUUGAACAACUGAUUGCAGGCCCACAACGUGCCGAAUCGCGCAAGGAAUGUGAGGUCAUAUUGUUAGUGGGACUGCCUGGCGCAGGUAAAACACACUGGACACAAAAGCACGUGGCUGAGAAUGCCGAAAAACGCUAUGAAAUUAUAGGACCUGAUGCAAUCAUAGCCAAGAUGACGAUUGAUGGAGCAUCGCGCAAAACUGUGCACAAGGGUCGCUGGGACAAGGUCUAUGAAAUAUGCUUAAAUAGUCUGGGCGGACUUGAAGACAUUGCCAUGAAGCGUCGUCGUAAUUUCAUACUUGAUCAGACCAAUGCCUAUGCCUCGGCCCAGCGACGUAAAAUGAAAGGUUUUAACGACUUCAAACGCAUUGCCGUCGUUUGCAUACCAAACGAGGAUGAAUUGAAACGUCGCAUCGCCGAAAAAGAGGAAAAGGGAAAUGCUUUUACAGUUAAAGAAUCAACAAUUAAUAAUUUACGAGCCAAUUUCACGCUGCCCUCGCUUGAGUUUGGCUGGUUUGAUGACAUCAUCUAUACGGAGUUGACUGGCGACGAAGCCAAGGCCGAGGUAAAGAAAUAUAACGAGAAGGGGAAGAAGGCCAUCGAUGCCGACCGUUCGCGGGACAAGCGUUCUAGGGGUGGUCGGGACUAUCGACGCGACGAUCGCAACCGCAAUCGUUAUGGAGAUGACAGACGUCGCGACUAUGGCGGACAGCGAAAUGACAGUCGCUGGAACGAUUCCAGACGAACUGGUGGUAGUUACUCCAGCGCCGGGGGCGCCAGUGGCGGAAGUCGGGGCUAUGAUAAUCGUAAUCGUGGAUACCCUGGAGGCGGGGGUGGAGGAGGAGGAGGAGGAGGACAACAGAACUGGAUGCAGAACAAUCGUCAACGCUAUGAUGAUCGCGGCUACGGUGGCGGCGCAGGCGGUCGUGGCUAUGAUAAUCGCAAUCGUGGGUAUGGAGGCGGCGGACAACAAAAUUGGAUGCAAAACAAUCGCCAACGGGGCUACGAAGAUCGCGGCUAUGGCGGGGGAGGCAGCUCACGGGAUUAUCGCGAUCGAGAUCGCGGAAAUGAUCGCAAUCGCAUGGGCAACAACAAUGAUCGCAAUCGGGGUAACAGUAGUGGCGGCGGCAGUAGCCAAAGCAACUAUCGGUCCGGCGGUGGCAAUCAUCAACAACGGGAUUUUCGGCCUGGCCACCGCGACACCAAAGAAGAUAGUCGCGGUGGCUAUGAGCGGUCAGCUGCCCAAGCGUUGCCCAAGUACGGCAACAAUUCGGCCAUGAAUGCAGGCUACGAUCAAUACAAGCAGUCCAGCGGCACGCCCGGCGGAAAGUCCUCGCUGAGCGGUAAGUGGAGUACCUAUGCUCAGCAUCAACAGCAGCAGCAAACGCAGCAGCAUCAGACUGGCGCUUGGCAGCAGCAACAGCCCAUGCAACAACAAUACCAACAGCAACAACAACAGCAGACCGCGGGCCAACAACAAUACUGGGGUUAUAAUCAGAUGCAGGGCUAUGGCAACCAGCAAGCCUGGCAAGGUGCUGACCCGCAACAGCAACAACAGUGGAUGUCGUGGUGGCCGCAACAAGCAGGCGGCGCAGGAGGAGCCGCACCCGCGUCUGGCAGUGUCAGCGGAAGUGCAAAUGCAGCUGCUGCUGCCUCUGUCAGUGCUAACAACGACGGCGGCGCCGCCAAUCAUUAUUGGUCUCAAUAUUCAUACUCCACACAGUCCAACGCCGGCGCUGAGAAAAAAUAGAGAGACUAUCUUUCGUUGCAAAGCUGGCAACUUUAGUUUUGCAAAAAUGAACACAUUUUACGUGGUAGUUAAUAGUCUACAUAAAAAUAAAAAGAAACCGAACCGAA